AUGGUUCACCCCUAUCCAACUGAGGAUGAAAAGCGACAAAUUGCCAGCCAGACAAAUUUGACCCUUUUGCAGGUCAAUAACUGGUUCAUUAACGCCCGACGACGAAUUCUUCAACCCAUGCUGGAGACCACGGGUCCCUACAGUUCCACCGGUAGGUCAGGCUCAGGAGAAGGGGUCUGUGGUUGGGGCGGGCACAAGAGCAAAAAUGGAGACCAACCUCUGGUUAAUAAAAAGAAAAAGGCUGCAACCACUAGGUAA